AUUCAGUCUUCAGUCUGGAGGAAGUCAGCAGAUAGUUCACUUUGUUAACAGCUUGUUCUCUUCACAACUUUACUGCAAGGAUUCAAAUUUGACUGAAAAUAUUUCAGACCGCUGGACUGAUGAUGGACAUGUUUCACACACUGGCUUUUUGCUGUUUGUGCUGCUGUCGUCUGGUUGGUGUGUUUGGUGAUACAGUUACAGUGAAGUCAGUGUCAGUGACAGAGGGAGAUUCAGUCACUCUAGACUCUGGUCUUACUGAAAUAAUAGAUGAAGAUCUGAUUCAGUGGAAGUUUGGAACCAAAGACACUGUAAUAACUGAAAUCAAUUUAAGGGUCAGCAUAAUCUCUGUAUAUCAAAAUGUUCUUGAUGGGAGAUUCAGAGACAGACUGAAGCUGGAUCAUCAAACUGGAUCUCUGACCAUCACAAACACCAGAACUGAACACACUGGACUCUAUACACUACAGACCAAAAGUGUGAUCAAGAGAUUCAGUCUCACUGUCUAUGCUCGUUUGCCUGUUCCUGUCAUCAGCAGAAACUCUCCACAAUGUUCUUCAUCAUCAUCUUCAUCUUCAUCACAGCAGAAUUGUUCACUGCUUUGUUCAGUGGUGAAUGUGGGUCAUGUGACUCUCUCCUGGUACAAAGGAAACAGUUUAUUGUCCAGCAUCGGUGUGUCUGAUCUCAGCAUCAGUCUCUCUCUACCUCUGGAGGUGGAAUAUCAGGAGAAAAACAGCUACAGCUGUGUGAUCAACAAUCCCAUCAGAAACCAGACCACACAUCUGGACAUCAGCAAACUCUGUCACACAUGUUCAGAAGCACAGGUCAGUUGUUGUGAUACAGUUGAAGCUGUGAUGCGAUUGGUCGUCACUGCUCUGGUGGGCGUGGCUGCUGUAGCUGCUGCUGUUCUUCUGCUCAAUGACGUCAGAUCUACAAGAGGAUGAAAGAAGAAAACAGAACAGAUUCAAGAUAUUGUGACAUAUAUUGGUAUUUAAAUUGUAC